UUUUCCCACUGGCAAAAGAAAUGGUUCGUCUUCCUCGGUGACCGAUCAGUGACCAAUAUCGCCGGAGAGAUCUCAGCGUUUGUGGUGUUCAUGGGUGAAAGAGAGUUUUUGGUGUUGUGUUACUGGAAUGGUUGUACCAAGUUUGGUCCUGAUGGUGUAUACUAUGAAGGAUCAGUUCCUAAGAUGAUCAGUGUCAAGCAAAACACAGAGCUAAGCAGGUUUUUGGAUGUGCUUUAUCUAGUUACUGGAUUAGACAAGCAAAGGUCGAAGCUUGAUAUAAUUGGUAGGUACCCUGUACCCUGGGCUUUAUCUAUUUCACCCAAUCCGUUUUGGUAUGUAAGUCUUCCCGUGGUGAAUGAUAAUAUUUUGAAGACUAUGCUCGAGCUUCCAAGCAAGCAUCCUUCAAUAAACAGUGUGGAAAUGUACUUGCAAGUUAAACGAACUUCUGGUGGUGUUAUUGAUCCUGCUGCUUCGGAAAAUCCCACCAAAAGACAUAGGACCCAACAAACCCAAGAAGCUAACGGUUCUGUAGAUGCGAAUGUGACACAUCUAGGUCCUGAAGAUUUGGGAUCGGAGUUUCUAGCGGAUGAGAUUGAACGUGUGGUCAGAGUACAGCCCACAGUAUCGGUUCCAGAGUUGAAGAAGUGGUGGAAAGAAAAGACUGGCUGUGAGGUUGAAACUCUGGAGAUGAAGGAGGCGAAAAUGAAGGCGGUGACAAAGAUAUAUGGAGACCGGGACGAGAGUUACAGAGUAUUUCCCAAACUAGUGGCUGCGUUACAGUCAUCUAACGGUCUGGUUGUGGACUGGCAGUACGAUCUUCUCCCUAAACCUGAGCUUGCGUCCUUCCGUGGCGUGUUUUGGGCGUUUUCGCAGUGCCUUGAAGGGUUCCCACACUGCAGACCUCUGAUCCUAGUGAACACCAAAGACUUGAACGGUAUGACACUGAUGGUUGCCUCGGGAGUUGACGCUGACAAUUGCAUUUUCCAUCUUGCAUUUGCCGUCACCAAGGAACUAUCCGUUGACACUUGGCGCUGGUUUUUCCGUGUGCUCAGACAGAAAGUAACACAAAGGCAAGGCCUUUGCCUCAUGUCCAGUCCCCACCCGGACAUACUCACUGUUGUUAAGGAACCAGGGUCUCAGUGGCAAGAGCCCUGGGCUUAUCACAGGUUCUGUCUUGAUCACCUGUGCUCUGAAUUCCACGACGUUUUUCAAGACGAGUACCUGAAGAACCUGGUGCACGAAGCUGGAUGCACGGCUCAUGAGGACGAAUUUGAUAUCCACAUGAAGGACGUCGAAAAGAGAAACCCUAUGGCUCGGAGAUGGUUAGAUCAAUUCCAUCCACAACAAUGGGCUCUAGCUCAUGACGGUGGUCGAAGAUACGGAUACACGGAUCUAGAGGAAAGUUUUCAGUUUGAAGCCUCGGAUAGCAUUGAGCUGCUUGGUCUUACGGUACCCAUGCUAUCUCUUUUUGAUGAGAUACGAAACCAUUUCGCCAUAUCUUGCUGGAACAUCCGUGGUCCUCUUCGCCGUGGCUAUCAGUACAGCACACUUGUCAUGGAGAAGAUUGAAGAGUUUAGAACAGCUUCGGUUACCUACACGAUAACAACACUGUUAGACAGAGAUGUGUUUCAUGUGGCAGAGCCCUCUAAAACUGAAGAAUGGUUAGUGCAGUUGAGUAAUUGGUUCUGCACGUGUGGAGACUUUGCUGCCAAGUUCCCAUGUCUGCACGCUCUAGCGGUCUGCGAGAAGCUUAAAAUCAAUCCCUUGGUGUAUGUAGACGACUGUUACACUCUUGAACGUUGUCAGAAAUCAUACUCUGCUGAAUUUAAUACUGUUCCUCAAGUCUCGGCUUGGCCAGAAGCUUUCGGAGUUCCCAGUUUCGUUCCUCCUUUUCUGCCUGAUGAAUCAAGUAUGACCUGAAAGUUAGUUCAGAUGGAUGCGGAAGAAACGUUAACCAAUUCUUUUUUUUUUUUGUGGGGGAAGUGACGAUGAAACUGAUUUUUUUUUUUUUUUUGUGGGGAAGUGACGAUGAAACCAGUUUUUUUUUUCUUGAAAAAGGAUUUACUAAACCGGUUUUUUGGGGGUUAAUGUUAGGAUAUCAAUUCCAUAUGAAUCGUAAAUGGUACUUUUGGUGAGCCCUUAAAUCGACAAGCGUAGAUCUUUGGUUAUCAUAUCUACAUUUUCAAGAGUUAUAGUUACAACAAUGUAUGGAUAAUUGGAUUUAAAUAAGAUCAACACGUAUUA